AUGACAUCCAGAAGAUCAUCAUCGUCUAGUUCGUCGGAAAUCACUGAACAUACGUCGUCAAGAGAUCGUUCUCAUUUACAAAGUGAAACAUCAAGACAUUCAACACGAAAUAGCAGACAUUCUCAUUCACCUUCUCAUCAACGUUCACCAUCUCAAACAAAUACUGUGACAAGUAUUUUUGAAGAAACAAGUAUUCGAAGUACAUCACCAGCUCGAACGUCACCACAAGUGCGUACUCUUUCACCAACGGUUAGUUAUGUUUCAACGACCGCUCAAUCACGUGCGACAGGAAGUCAAAGUACACCCUACGACUCUACCAGUAUCGCUCCAACUGCAACCGGUACAUCUUCGACUGGCCGACAGUCAUCAGUAAGCACUUCGCAACAAACGUACCAACAGCCACCGCGGACAGGGCAAUUUGCACAAAAUCAAAUUAGUGGUGCUCCACCACUUAUACGUCCAACAAAUCAAGGACCUGGCGCUAGUGUUAAUGUUUUUGGUCCAAAUGCUCCGCAAAUGCAUCAGCAAGCUCAAUUCAGACCACAAGAAUAUGGUAUACGACAACAAGGACAAGGUCUGAGACCUGAUACAUCGGGUGCACGGCUACCUCCACCAAAUUUCCAGCAACAAGUGCAAAUUAGACCAGGUGUUUCUUUGCCGUUCGGGCCAAAUGCUGGCAGCCAACAAAGCGGUUACAGCGCUUCCCUACAACAGCAGCAACAAGGCUAUGGUCCACGACCCCAAGGAGUUCCUCAAGGCAAUUUCUCUCCAGGUGUUCAAAGACCUCCUGUGCCUAAUUUUCAACGUGGUCCGAAUGUUCCGUUACCUCAACAUGGUGGAUUCGGUCAACAAAACUUCCAGCAACUGCCACAAAUUAAUGUUAAUGUCGGUCCUCGACAAGCGGGACCGCAAGCUCCUCCAUCAAGGCCACAAAUAAGUCCUUACUCUGGAUCGACAUCUUCAGGAGGCAGUGCGCAAAGCCCUGGAAGUGCUUCGAUUCAACAACAACGUCCUCUCGGACCAGUCAGUCCGGGGUUGAGCUCGCAAACUCGUCCCAGCAUUCCUCAGCAAUAUCCACAAAGCAUAGCAACAUCACCACGACAGCAAUUCCCAGGUGCGAUACCGCCACAUAUGGUGUAUAAUGAAUUACUCGGCCCUGAUGCAUUUAAAGAUGUUAUAUUGAAUAUCGAUUACGGUGCUGUUGAAGCAUUUAAUAGUGCCUUUCAGAACGGGGGCGAGGGCAAUUUCCCAACAUUUGAAGGUGGAAUGCCACCAGGAAUUAAUAUUCGUCCUGCUUACACAACCGUCGAUUCUCUAAACUAUCAAUCACACAUGUUUAAUACUGGCCGAACGAUUGAUGCUGGAUCCAACCACGAUAAUCAAUAUUUGGGUGGUGGAUACGGCGGAGGCGCAGAGAGUGAUUAUUACAGCACAAAUAACGAUAUCUAUAGUAGAAUGGCUCACUCGACAGGUUAUGAAUCAUCAAUCGGAGGUGGACAAGAUUUUCAAAGUGUGUCUGGAUACCAGACUGGUGAAACAUCAUAUGGUGGAGACAUACCAAUAAAUUAUCAAAAGCAACGUGAAGGUGGUGCUCAAGGAGGAUUUUUUGAAUUUGGAUCCGGAGCGGAACCUGGCGCUAACGUGGCUAAUAUACUCAAUCAGAGUGGAUUAGAACGCGUAUUACACAGUGCUGGUCGAUAA